AUGAGCACCAUCUUGUAUCUGGUUGACUCCAAGAAAGAAAACCUUAAAUUGAUUCAAGAUGCGUUACAUUGCUGCCUACCUACUCUCUAUUCUUGGAGUAAGAAGCUGGCGUCAUUCGGUUCAGCUGCUGCUGCUCCGGCUGCCGGUAAUGCGGCUGGUGCAAGUGCUGAGGCUGCUAAGGUAGAGGAAAAAGUUGUUGAAGAAGAAGAGGAAGUCGACAUGGGUGGAGGCAUGGAUAUGUUUGGCGGAGAUGAAGACUAUUAA